CAAAAGCUUGUCCGUCAAAGCUGUAUGCACAUUGCGAGUUUAACCAGCUUGCAAAAUGACACACGUAUGUUUACAGGGAUGUGUACACUGAAUUAUUCCUCGGUACUGAUACCUUAAAUCAACAGGGAUUCCACUUCUUAGGAAAUCACGUUGCUACAACUAAACUUGUGCUUGGCGUCCGUGGCAUCAGAAGAAAGCAAACGUCAAAGUGUGUGUAUCCAUUCUCCGUAUAAAUACCGCCCAUGCCUGGCAGAACUACUCAGCCAGGAUUUAAAUCGUGUUCCACGUUGUGGGAGCUGGACGGGCAGUGUGCUUCAUCCUGGGUUCUGAAAGGGGAAACUAGCAAUGGCUGACACCCUGAGAAGAUUAGUCAAUACUUCAGCUUAUAAUGUUUUACAAGAAAAACUUGAAGCCUGGUACAAUGACUAUCACCUCAAAUCAUGUGACCAAAACUUGAACCGGUGCUGUGAACUUGUGGAACUGACCUCAAAGGUUCAAGGACAGCUUUUCACAAUCUUGAGUCUCACAGCAAAAGAAGGUGGCCAGUAUGCAGGAGUCGAUACCCUUAAAUCCCGUUUCUUGCCAUGGUUGGGGUCUUCUUUAUUCAUUACUUCUUCAGGAGUGACCACUGAUACCAGCCUAAAUCUGAUACAGGAAUCCAUGGAGAAAGAAAAGAAGAUCAGAGCGCUCUCUGAUUCCCAUGAACAAGAAAUGCAGAAGGUGGAGACACAGCUGAGUGCUGCACGUUUGCAACUGGACACAAUAAAACAAGAAUUAGCAGAUGCUGACCUUGAACUUAAUGACACGAAGAACAGAUCUGCAACAACACUUCUAGCCUCAGAGGAAGAAAUCCUUCAGCUGAAGGCUGAUCUGAGGGCUUCCCGUGAUCAGACUGAUAUGUACAAGAGGAAGCUGGAUGUUCUGGAUGACUUUGAGAGGCAGAUACGAAUGCUAAAGGAUGAAGUGUCCUACCUGACUGCAGAGAAAUCCUUACUUCAGGACAGAAUCACAAGAAGCAGGUCUUCAAGCCCCCUUCCUCGACACAGUCGCUCCCCCAGCCCUCUCCCAUUCUUGAGAAGUGACUCCCCGACUCGAGCCCAGCUCACCAACUCCUCGCGACACUCACGGCUGGUAACACGAUUCACUGACAUUUACGCUAACGAGCGUCUGGACACCCAGAACCUCCUGAGCCGCUACAUCGACAACCUUGAGAUGGUGCAGAGGAUAAUAUUUAUUUCCACCGUGGAGUCUUUCCACGCUGCUAAGAUGGCCUUCAGGCAGUUCAAGCUGCGGGUCAGAAAGACUCUUUCUCCCACUCAUAUUGGACAAGCGAGCUUGGAUGAUACCGUGCUGGACUACAUUGUUCGCAACCUGGAUCUGUACGAUGUUCAGUCAAGUGUCAAUGAUGUGAUCCGUGCCAUGAACGUGAAUCCCAAGAUCUCCUUCCCACCGGAGAUAGAUUUCAUCAUGAUCAGCAGCUUUAUCCGUGAGAUGUGUCGCCUGGCCUUUGCAAUGCAGACCCUGGAGCCACCAUUGGACCUUGCAUUCACAACUGAUGGAGAACUCUACAGUGAGAGCAAGUAUCGACGCAGCUAUGACUCUGAGUUCACUGCUCCUCUGGUAGCAUACCAUGUGUGGCCAGCUCUGAUGGAGGGAGAUAAUGUGAUUGUUAAGGGAGAGGCUUUCACUAAGAGGGGAGCUCUGUGGUCACCAAGGAGAAGCAGGAGCAGAAGCUGCAGCCCCAAUUGUUCCAGAGGUAGCAGUCCGUCUCGUGCAUUGGCAUCCACAAGCCGUAGUUCAUCUCCCAGCCGCCUUUCUCCCAGCCGCCUUUAACUGCAGACAGGAAGGCAGGGAAAGACUUCAAGGCAGCAGAUCGCCUUAACAGUACCUCAACUCAAAAUGUGAACACCAAUAUCUACGCAUUUCAAAAAAGAAAAAAAACAAAACUUGUUGGAAAUGUUUAUUUGAUAUAUAUUUUUUGUAUUAUCUGUUUAACAUUUUAUGCCAACUACAUAGUCAGCCUAAAACCCUUUUCCAGGUUACUAUUGUAAGAUUCUUGUUUUUGUCAUUCUCAUCUUGUUAAUUUAGAAGAGCUGCAUUUCCCUGCACUCAGGUAAUCAUGUGGUUUUUUAUAGGAGUUAAUUGUUUCAUCCGUGCACCAUAAACAUGUCCUGUUUUUAACACGUUCCAGGAAUAUGCAGGUGCAGACUGACUCGUGCAAUGUGUAAUACUCUUUUUUUACAGUAUUAAGCGUGUUCCUGUGUGCUAUAUGUGCAUAUCUGUUUUUUUUUUUUAAGUAGUUACAAGUAACAAAAAGGCUAUCCUGCACAUUAGCACUUUCAAAAGCAAUUGCCUCAGUUUGAAUUGCUGUAUUUGACCACAAUCAAAAAUGAGUAAGUAAUUUCUCUCAAACAAUUAAGGUAACUAGAUGAAAUGGUGUCUUUUUCUUGACAUUUUUAUGUUGUUUUGGAAAUACUGACAAAUGCAUAAACGCAUUAGACUACUUGACUUAAAGGUUUGUCAGAAGCAUGGAUUCGUUGUUUGGCUAAAAUCUUAGCAGCAGCUUAAAGAAAAGACAAGCCUGGGCAGUAAUACAUCAAUAGCAGUAUAAAACAAACACAUCUGUUCAAUAUACGUUUAGUUUGGAAUCUGAAACAGAUAUACAACACAGCAAGUUUUAAAUCCAUUUUCAUUCAAAAAACAUCAAUAGAUUCUUAGUGGUGCAUUAUACCACAAAGUUUUUAUAUCUGAAUGUUGUCAGUAUUACCAUUUUUUAAUAUUUUUUUAGGUGUCUGAUGAUAAGCAUACUGUAUAUUAACCUUACAAAUUGUUGCGAAUGUAUUUGAUUUAGGUGCUGGUGUUUGAUGGUUAUAUGGAUAAAUCACAUUGUUGCAGCUUGCAUUGUUCUCAACACUUGAACUCCACAACUCAGUGGCACAUACGACGUGUAUGCUUAUUUUUUCAAGCUGAAUUCUUGAGCUAGGGGUUUUAUUACAGUACAUUACUUGCAUGACACACAUCUGCUCAGAAAUUUAGCAAAUUACACAAACCUUCUCUGUGUUGAAAGGGAUCAUGGCAAAUGCUGGUAAAUUAAUUCUAGCUAUAGCUUCACUUGUGUGUUUUCUACUUAUGUCUCAACGUUUUAUUACUAUAUGUGUGAUAUGUAUUUUUGAAUAAUGUUUUUUAAAAUAAUUUGUGUACUUUUGUAUUAUGAUUAACAUUAAAUUACUAAAAGCAAGAUUGAUAUGAAAA